UUUCUUAUUAUCAAAAAGAAUAGUAGCUUAUACCUAAUCAAUAAUGCUCAAAAGUAUAACAAGCAUAGCUUCAAGAAUGCCUUUAUGCUGCCUGCCUCAGAUGAAUUCUCGAAGAAGUUUGCUAUAUGCAAAAUUCUUUCACUGCUUAACUUCUUUUCCAGAUAUAAUUAA